GAGAUCAUACAGAUUAUUCACAAAAUUCUUACAGCUCACAUCCGGGAUUUUUAGCCUAGUUUCCGGCAUUAUAAGAGCGUUGAAGCGCGUCGCGGUGGCUAUAAUUGCUGUCGAUGACCACACAAGAAAGUACGUAGUCUCGAGACUGGAAAGUACAUCCUUGUCAACAGAAGAGAAAGAGAGAGAGCAGAGUACUUUGUUUUUGUAAACAGUGCAGAAUAAAAAUAUUAACAGCUAUGAGGAUUGCUGAAGGAUUUGCAAGAAAGGUAUGUAUAUAUCCAAUAAAAAAGAUCUAUAUAGUGUGUUCACUUCAUCUAGGUGUGAUCAACCACAUGAUCAUACUAUUGCAACUUGCUAACGGUUGCCACGUCAUAUCUGUUUUGUUUAUGCGUGCACUAUAUAUGAGUCUGUCUUUCGUGUACUUUAACUCAUACAAAACUUCUGAAUUUCGCCUC